AUGUCCUCCAUCUCUGCCAAAAGUGAGCCCAAUGGCGCCGAGCCGACGGCAGUUACUACUAAAGGAUCUCGUCUUUCGCCUGGAGCUCCUCCACGCGUUACCCUUCAUCUUGGUCACUUGCCGAGCAAGACGAACAUGAGCGUGCCCUACCCACGUUCUCCCUCCAGGGUUGACCCUAAUAACCCUCCGUGGCCAGCCUUCCGCGGCUACCACCGAUACUCAUUCGCUCAUGCAACCAUGGGUGUACGGCUGCCCACCAUUCUUGGAAAGGCAAUCGAUGAUGCUUCUCGCACUCUGAACGAGCAAUCCUCCGAAGAUCUUAUAAUCGAUCUCGCCAGCUGCCUUGAAAGAAUGGACCAGCUCAUGGUUGACCUUAGUGGGAAUGCUAAACUGCGACCUAUAAUUGAUGAUGCUGAGGCAGAUGUAUCCCUCUGGAACAAAGAAAUCGCAAAGUACUUCCAAGGCAAAGACUUCAUGAAUGCUCCCUGGUUAUUCGCAGAGGCAUACAAGUACCGUCGUUUGCACGAGUGUUUCAGCGUUAGCAAAUACUGGAAAGAUUACGAUGUCUUCUAUCGACAGAAGUGCGAUACCUUCUCGAGAUCGGCAGAAGCCGUCUUUGAGCUUUCAAUGCGGUUCGCUGAGCCCUUCUCACAUGCAGCGAACCUUUCUGACGCUGAGAAACUGGAUGCUGACCGUCUCAUGUUCCUGGAGCUGACGCAAGUUUGCCUUUGGGGUAAUUCCACCGACCUCUCCCUCCUAAUCAACAUGUCCGAGGAGCAAAUCAAAUCUUUGCAGUCGACUGGGGGUGACCACCUGGCCGCUACAGAGAAGAAUAUUCUUGGAAACCACCUUAAUCGGCUUUGGGAAACGGUGAAGUCGAUCCGAGAGAAGACAGGUGGACGCGUAGAUUUCGUCCUCGACAACGCAGGAUUUGAGCUGUACUGUGAUUGCGUUUAUGCCGAUUUCCUCAUUCAGAGUGGGCUUGCUAAACAAAUCCACUUCCAUGGCAAACGGUACCCAUGGUUUGUCUCCGACGUGACUAGGAAAGACUGGGAGUGGUUGUUGAACAUUAUGGUUUACGGCCAUCUUUUCCCAAAAGUUACUGAGGUCGAAAGAGAGUCGCUGAGAAGACUUGGAGAGCGUUGGAAGCAAUAUGAGAGAGACGGCAAGUGGGUAUAUGAGCAACAUCCAUUCUGGUGCACCGGGUACACAUUCUGGGACCUGCACAGCGAAGCGCCUGACUUGUUUCUGCAUCUUUCACGCUCGGACCUGGUUUUCUUCAAGGGUGACCUGAACCAUCGCAAGUUGACCUACGACUGUCAUGCACCAGCCAGCACUCCGUUCGAUGUCGCCAUUGGUCCAAUGGCCAGUGCGGCGGGUGCCCCUCGUAUUUGCAGCCUGCGCACGAUCAAGAGUGAUGUCGUCGUAGGCCUCGGCGACGAUGGUGACCUCAUCGCGAAGAAGCUAGAUGAUGAUGAACCCGGCUGGAAGAUAAGCGGGAAAUACGCCGUUGUUUUACUUUCCGACGGUCGCCCGGGAGAGAAGGUUCGCUUCGCAUAG